AUGGUCAAGGAUUUCUAUACGCGUUUGUCGAUAACGGCAAUUGUUGGAAAAUUGGAAUGUCCAACCAUUAUCAGCGAAGAAAGGCUGAGUGGGAACAACAAUGCCCUUGCGCCAACAGAAUUUGGCUUCCUCCUAUUCGAGUUUCGUGGAGGAGGCGAUCCGCUUCCAGAAUCGUUAGCGCAUUUAUCACUAGAACUCGAAUGUUUUGAUAGACCUCAUAUUUACUGUGCUCAUUGCCGCAAACACCAUAUCGAAAAAUUCAUCUUCGUUGGAAGUUGGUAUUCUGUUUGGAGAACCGUUAUUCGUCCAACACUCGUGCGUGCUGCGGUAGCGUAA